UUACCGCAUGCUCACAUUUUAGAUUUUUCAACAUGUGCCACUAAAUAAAAGUGCUGAUUGAUUUGUUUUUACAAUUUUUAAUUCGUCUUGAAGACCAAUUUUUAAAAAUCUCAAUUUUAAAAACUCCAUUUAACUCAAGCCCUGUUUUGAUUUUAGAAUCACCACAAAAAUGGAGCUCCGGAUGCAAGAACAAGAAUUAAAAGAAGUGGAAGACGACGACAAUGGUAACUCAUCAGAUGACGAGCCGAUGGAUAUCGACCUUAUCCCCACCCCUGAUAACCUUCCAUCCCCCCCAAUUCCUCCUCCCCCACCUCCAACCAUCGACCUCUCCCCAUUCACCUCCCUCCUCUCCCAACUGGAUUCCACUUCCGGCCUAAAAUUCUUAAAAGUCGUGGUUGCAAAUUUAAAACAAUUUUGCAAACUGUUCACAAUUCUUCCAUCCUCGUCCCCUCAAGCGAUCCAAUUGUUCCAAAAAGUGACGAAAAUCUGUGACAAGAAUCACUCCGACGAAAAAUGGGACAAGUUUAACCGAAAAUUGGGCCCCUUUUCCUGUGAGGGAGAAGUUUUCAAAACGUUGCUAAAAUUUGGGAUGAAAUCCCCCUCGGAUCAAGAAUCUGGUCAUUUUCUUAUCUCCAUUUUGACCUCAUUAUUCAAAAUCCCGGCCCUUCAGGGAGCAAUUAUCAGUCCAAUUACGGGAAUUCAAAUGAUUCUGAGCCAUUCAAAGGCGGAAGAUAUUUUUCUAGAGUUUCAUAAACUCAAGGUCAACCGGAACAAGAAAUUGGAACAGGAAGAAGCCAUCGAAAAGGGGAAAGAUUUCCAGCAAAUUAAAACAGCAGUCGUCGUCGAUAAGUUAAUGUACUCUAAAUUGAAGACGGAAUUGCUCAAGUUGUGGCUCGUUUUGGUUGAGGGGUUUACAAUAAUUAGUAAAACGGAGGGGACUCCGGAGGAUAAGAAGAUUUUGGAGAAUUCUGUGCCUUAUUUAAUGCAGAUGUACGGCGCCACUCUGGGACCCUCUGAUCGACAAAUAUUCUCAAUUUUAAAGUACUAUUCUGGCAAAAAGUUGAGAAUUCCGCUCGAGUCGAUGCCCCUCUUUGGACCCAAGUGUUUCGAAACGGUCAAAUUAAACCCUCUCUACGCCCACUCAAUCCGAGCCAACGGGAUUUUGGGCAGCAUCAAUGAAACCAAGGCGUUCGACACGGGGUUAAAAUUCACGGAAAAGUUUUUACAACUUGACGACGAAAAGUUGGAUUCGCAACAAGAUUGGGAACAAUUUUACGAUUUACGCUUCAUGCUUCCCUUAAUUUGUCACAUUUUGGACGAGAAAAAUAUUUGCGACGUGGUCAAAGUCAUUACGAACGGAUGGAUUCAUUUUAUAGCGAGAGGAUUAAGUUUGAAUGAUGCGUCGUUACGAAAUGCGGCCUUUCUAGCGUAUAAAAGACUAAUUUUUAAUCUACAUUUGGCAAAAGGUUUCAGACUUCAAGACGUCAAAAUCUGGUUACAUUUCCUCCUCGGCGUAAAGAAUGGCUUCAUUGAUCUUGAAGAAUGCAGAAUGACAUCACUCUUGUCAACUUGGAUGGUGGCGACUUGUGAAGUCCUCAAACAACCGAGUGACCCCUUGUACUCGAAAGUCACCCAUUUUCUCCUUGCCAAACCAACCAUCGACCUUACCAUCUUACCUGAUUUUACACACUUUUUUAAUGCCGAGGAUGGCACAAAGGAAAGUCGCGAAUGGAUCCUGAACAUUCUCCUCCUCGGCCUACAAACCAAGGCGGAUUGGGCCGUGGCGAAAAAAGUCCCUACCAUAAAAUACAUGUGCUGCCUCUUUCCCCACGAAAAAAUUCAGACGCAACGAACCAUCCUCAAAAUCCUGGCCCACGGAGCACAAAUUCCCGAAGUUGCGCACGACAUGGUAGACCGGCACGGGAUUUUAUUAUGGAUCGCGAACGCCCAGCUGAACGAUAGGACAUAUUACCGACGAGAAUUGGAAGACAUUUACAAAAACCUGAGCAUUUCCUGUCCACACGGCGAAUAUCGUGAUUAUGCGUUCCAGUUUGUCGCAAAGAGACAUAAAUGGCAAUAUAUUAGAGAGGACAAUCCUGUAAAAUUAGAAAAAGAUGAAGAAGAAGACAGGAGAAUAUAGAAAUUGUAUAAGUUUUUAGUUUCGUAAUAAUAAUGACAUUGGUUACUUGCACCCGAGCGAAACACUCUUGUAAAUAUUUCUCCUCGUUAAAGUUAACAAAGCAACUAUUAAUUUUGUUACAUACAUAUUUUAUAUUUUUCUUGUCAUUCAUGUGUCAAUUAGAGGACCCAUAUGUUUCAAAUUUUCGCAUUUCCUACAUAUUUCUACUAGCUAGGCUAACUGUAUGUAUGUAUGUAUGUAAAUCUCUUCUCAUCUUCCGUUCAGUCGACCCACAUCCGUGAUGAAUAAAUAAAAAUAGAGUACAGUACAAUACUCGGAACGAAACUCUCUCAAC